AUGGGGGAGGAUCGAAAGACUUCUUAAAAUGAACCAAACCACCCUAAUCCAAAGAUUAGUUAGAAAAUGCAAAACCUCCCAUAAUAAAUAGAGACAUCAGCAUAGAUAAGAAGUAAGGAGCAGUCAUCUAAGAAUAUUGUGGCAAGUUUUUUUUCAAACAAAUAGCAGAAGGUUACUUAGACUAACCUAGAGAGACUUGAGCUUAAUUGGAAGAAGUUUAGAUCUGAUCUUGAUAAGAUUCUAAUUGACCCUGAAAAAUACGAAAAUAAUAGUAAAAAAUGCAUAGAAGAAAAACUGAAGCCCAGAUUAUAACAGGUUCUAGAUGCAAUUCUUUAAGAAGAUCUUGAAAAUAGGGAGAAUAAGACUAUUGGAGACUGUCUUGAGUAUACUUUGAAGACAGGAAUCAUUUAAGAAUUGGUUGCUUACGGUAAAAAUGAUAGACCGCAAGGGUUAUUUGUAAUAUGCUUGAAAUUCAUAAGUUAUAUCAUUCUUGAUAUUCAGGCAACUCAUAUUAUCAAUCAUCAAGAAGUUCAUCCUGCCAUCAUGCAGCUUAUGAUGCACAUCCAUAACUCAAUAAAAAACAAUAUGCUCGACUUAUAAUAUGAUAAUGGCGACCUAAAGAAGUACAUUAUUGAACUCAUCAAGUCUCUUACCACUAAAAUUUAUGAAUAGCCUUCUCUUGUUAAUUUGCUCUUUACCGACUCAAGAAUCGGAACUAAGAAAGGUGCAUAUUUGCCAAUGUCAAUCUUGCUGCUUUUAUUAAUAAAGGAAGAUAUUUCAGAGAGUGAAGAUCUCAAGUUAAUUCUUAGAGACUCCAUUCUGAUGCAUUUGAAGCUAAAUAAUUAGGAGGUGCUUAGGUAUAUAGUGGAGGAGUCUGAAAUUUGUGUGAUUUUAGUAGCCAAAUUAGGAUAUUACUUCUAAGCGCUGCCAUAAGAAGUGGAUCUUAUAUCAAAUAAUAAAGUAGUGUCACAGUAUCCAGAAGAUGAAGAGUCUAAAUUCUUAGCCCAACUCAAUUUAAAUGAGUAAAUUACUUAAAUCUUCUCAAACGAUAAAAAAGACUAGCAUGCUGAAUUCAGAGAGUUCGUAAAAUUUUGUGCAUUUUUAAACAAAUGUGCAUUGUGUAUUUUACAUUCAGGCAAGUUAAUAGAAAAUCUGUGCACUGAGAUAUUUAACUAAUUAUUACUUGAAACUCUUUAGCCUAGAUUACUUAAGGCUGAUAAGCCAAAGAUCAUUAGAACUUCAUUGCAGUAUGUUAUCCAAAUACUUACCAUGUUUACUUGUUCAAAACUUAUCAAAAUUGUAUAUCAUUUUCUGUUUGGUUUUCCUGCUAGUAUGAAUAUAGCACUCCAAGAGGAACCUAACAAUCGCCAAUCUCUUCUUUCAAUAUCAAAAUUUGAUAGCUUAUUGGAAAAGAGUGAUCAUGAAUCGUUAAAAGAAUCAUAUAAGCAUAGCAGGCAAUCAUCUAUCGCUUACAACUCUAAUUCUUCAGGCAAACAAUCUCAGCCAUUCAACUAUGCACCCAGUCUCACAGCUCGCCCAUAGAGAAAUUUCGCAAACGAUAUUCAAUUGAAAAUCAGCAGAGCUAACUUCGAGCACAAAAAUAUGAAGUCAAGUUAUGCUAUUAAUAAUCCAUUCAUGCCUCCCUUGCAGUCUCCACUUCACCAAAAAGCAGCUAGAAUGAAUGAAAUCAUAGAUUCAGUUAUGGAAUCUAGCUUUUAUGAUGACGCUUUGGACAAUUAUAACUCUAAUUAAAACUCUGCUAUCUACAUCGGCCCAGUUUAUAAUCAUGAUAAUCAUAAAUCUAAGCAACUUCUUCAAAUGCUUUUCAAGAAUCUUCACAAGAAAGAAGAAAAGAUUGGCUUCACUGUGUUGAAAUUCUUGGACCUCAUUUUAGAGAAAAAUAUUAUUGAGAUUAACGAUGCAUUGUUCCUUCAAUCAAUACAGAAAUAUGUAUCUACAAGUAUUCAAGGUCAUAAUAACUAGUAAUCAAUUUAAGUUAGCUCUAUCUCAAAACUUCAAGAUAAAUUUAUUCAAAUGUUCCCUACAGCCAGCAGCUUUAUCUACAAUAGUCAUAAAACUAACAACUAUCAGGAACUAAAUAACAUUCUUGUAUCUUAAUUGCAAAAAGUAUCAGAAGCAAUUAGUAUGUAAUUGAAUGAGUAAAACUUAAUGCUUACAGAUGAUGGGAUGGAAAUGAUGGAUAUCUUCAGCUUUUUACUGAUGAGUGAUCACUCAAUGACAUUGGCAGAAUUCGACAAUCAAAUAUUACAAUCACCGAAAAGAGGAGUUGACGGACCGUAGAUUUAUAAGAUAUAGGAAGAAACAAAUGAUUUCACUCUUCCAACUGAGGAUGAUGAGGACUUUUAACUUGAGGAUAUUACAGGGAUGAACAAGUUCCCUGGAAGAAAACUGAAUUUUGAUGACUCUUACAGCAGCCCAACUCCAAGUUUGAAGAGUAAAAGUAUGUCUGCAAAUUACGAAUUGGACGAUAUAGAAAGAAUAGAUCCUUCCACGUUUAGUCAGAAAGGAGAUUUUAUUAGACAAAUAUCAGCUAAGUUAUAGUAAUUUCUGGCAAACACUCCUGAAGAAAAUUUGCUCUUAACUAGCAUUAUAAGUAGGAUCUUUAGCUUUCCAGCCAAACUAGAUGAGGAAUAUAAUAUGGUUGACUAGAUGCACAGUAAAUCCACUCUUUUGCACUUAUUCUUGUUUGAGAUUCCCUCCUAAUUCUCUUCCUAGCACUAUUCAAAUCCUUGCCAAUUCCUUUCAAUAUUAAGGAUCAUUAAUGAGAAGAUUGAGGAAUUACUACAAGAUAGAAUGCUAGUAUUGCUAGUAAAUGCUGUUAAGAAAGAACCAGAUUUCCUAGCUUAUAGUUUAUCAGAGAAGGUGAAUUCAUUGGUAAUUGGAAAUACUUAGCUCUCUGAAUUGUUUAUGAAAAAGAGAAGAGAGAUCUAUUCGAUUGUCGUAUUUGAGGAAUUCUUGAAGGAAAUAGCAGGAUGCCUUUAUGUGAAGGAACUAGCUGUGGAUAUGCUCGAAAGUUAUGAGCAAGCUCAUCUUGAAGAUAUCAAAUUUGAAUGUGCAUUAGCUAAGUUCAAAAAGGAAAUUGUAAAAGAGGAUGAAAUUAUCGAGAAAAUAUAAUGA